AUGUGGGAAGUAGAAUGGAGAAAAGAAAGAGAUGAAAAGGAAAAAAGGGAACUUGCAAACAAGAGAAAGACCAAAGAAAAGGAACAAGCUAUGUACGCUUCCUGGGGAACAAGUUCAAACAACUAUGAAGAAGAUGAUGAUGACAUUGCCUUAACGGCCAUGGAAGAGUCAGAUUGUGAACCUGAUUCAGACUCUGAAGAAAAAAAGGUAAACAUAUCUGAUCUCAAAGACAAAUUAGAAUCCUUCUCUAAGAAAAAAUUAUCAUUGUUAAUGCGAACACUUAUGGACACAAUUCAAGAACAAAUUAGAAACAAGAAUCAGUUGCUUGCCUCCAUGACUAGUUUAAAGUUUGAGUAUAUCGAUCUCGAAAAACUCAACACUGAACUACAAGAGAAAACCAAGUUGUGGUUAAUGAAAAAUCAGAAACUUGAAUCCUUCGAUCUUGCAUUAAAAACUGAAAAUAUAAAAUUAAAGGUUAUUGGUAAAGAAAAAGCAUGUGAUCAACCCAAGUAUGAACAUGAGGUAGAAGUGAGAGAAAGGAAGCAACACUGGUAUAUGGAUAGCGCUUGCUCAAGACACAUGACUAGAGAUAAAACAAAGUUUCUCUCACUCGAAGAAGGAAAAGGUGGAAUGGUAGCUUUUGGUGGCGGAAAAAAAGGGCAAAUCAAAGGCGUUGGCAAGAUAGGAAGAUCUGAUGAACUAUCAAUUGACAAGGUGUACCAUGUGGAAGGAUUGAAACACAUUAUGUUAAGUAUAUCCCAACUGUGUGACAAAGGAAACAAGGAAAAUAAAGUACCAUCAAAGGUAUACAGCGAAGUUGUACAGGAACAGGUACAAGAAACAGGUCCUUUGGAUACAAUUAAUGAAGACAGUGCAGACUCACAUGAUAAUCAUAAUGGAAACACAGAAGAAACACUAGAAGAUGACCAAAGGAAACUAAAUAAUAGUCCAAAUGCAGAACAACAUGAUCUGGUACUAAAAGACUACAAAUACCAAGGAUCACAUCCCGUGGACAACAUACUCACUGACCUCUCUUCUGGAAUAACCACUAGAUCAGGACUAAAAAAUCAUUGUGCCUUCAGUGCAUUCUUCUCUAUGGUCGAACCUAAAAGAAUCAGCGAGGCCCUCCAAGAUGCAGACUGGAUCAUAGCGAUGGAGGAAGAACUGAACCAAUUCAAAAGAAGUAGAGUCUGA